UUUAUUUUGAAGUGUGUGCAGUAGUAGGUUGAUCAGUCUCAGCCCUGCCUCUCACAGGCUCGCUGACCGAUCUGGAGCUUAUUAAGGAUGGCUGAACUGCCUCGGUCAUGUGACUGUUUUGUGUCUCUGCCUCCGGGUUCAAAAGAAGAUUAUGUGAUAUUUGGUAAGAACUCUGACCGGCCGAGAGAUGAGGUGCAGGAGCUGGUGUGUUACCCUGCAUCCUCACACGCUCCCGGAUCUACAGUGGAGUGCACAUAUAUUUCCAUUCCUCAAGCAGAGCACACUCAUGCGGUUGUGCUGAGCAGACCCGCUUGGCUCUGGGGGGCUGAGAUGGGGGCUAAUGAACACGGGGUGUGUAUUGGGAAUGAGGCCGUCUGGACCAAGGAGCCUGUGGAUCCAGAAGAAGCUCUGCUGGGAAUGGACCUGGUUCGGCUGGGUCUGGAGCGCGGGGACAGUGCAUGGGCCGCUCUGAAUGUGAUCACAAGUCUGCUGGAGCAGCAUGGUCAGGGCGGAGCCUGCAGAGAGACCGCCGAACCCUUUAGCUACCAUAAUACCUUCUUACUAGUGGACCGACAGGAAGCCUGGGUCCUAGAGACUGCUGGGAAACUCUGGGCUGCACAGAAAGUCACAGAGGGAGUCAAGAACAUCUCUAACCAGCUUACGAUAGGCACAGAGAUCUGUGCAGAGCAUCCGGAGCUGCGCGCUGUGGCUCAGGCUCAGGGCUGGUGGAGUGGAGAGGGGGACUUCAGCUUCUCUGCUGUCUUCAGCCCUGACAACCCCCCCGCCAGGAUGGAAAUGGCCAAGCAGCGCUACAUGGGCGGCACAGCCCUCCUCCAGCAGCACAACGGCUCGGUGACGGCUGAGGUGAUGAUGAGCAUCCUGAGGGACAAGGCCAGCGGGAUCUGUAUGGAUUCGGAGGGCUUCUGUACUACAGGCAGCAUGGUGUCCAUCCUCCCGCGCAACCCAGACAUGCCCUGCGUUCACUUCUUCACUGCCACACCCGACCCCUCCAGGUCUGUAUUCAAGCCUUUUAUCUUCUCCGAGAGUGUGAGGUCCGUCAACAUGGUGAUGUCUCCUCAGUACGGCCCAGGCGAUCCUGUUAGGACACAGCCUCGAUUCCAGCACCAGGUGGACCGCAAACACGAGCUGUACAAAGCCCACCAGACGGCACUGACCAGUCCUGAUGCUGGAGUCUCUCUACAGGAGACUAUGAGAUACCUGGAGUCUCAGUGUCUUGAGGAGAUCGAGGCCAUGCUAAGGGGGGAGAUACAGGGCCAGGAACUCGGGGAUCUGUUCUUCGACUGCGUGGACGCCGAGAUCAAAUUCUACCAGUGAGACAGAGCAGUUGUCGUUGUGAAUGUCACUAGUGCUUGCUGAUCUGCCUGGAGAGAGAGAGACAGUCCAGAGCGCACAGGUUCCUGCCUGCUCAAAUCCUGCUCUCCUAGUUCCCGUGAUGCCAUGCCAAACUAAUUGUGAUGUCCAUGCCACACUAACUGUAAAAAAACACUAGAUGUUCAUGUGAGUGGAUCACCAUAAUCAUGUGUAAUUGUCGCACAGGGUGGUCAUAUACGCAUCACAUUAAUCGGUUUGUGAUAGAUUACUAAGGUGUGUAUGUGUUGUGGGUAGAUGUGUGAGAGAAGAGAUGUUAGGGGAAAACACUUCUCAUUCCUGUAAGAGAUGGGCUCAGCUACCAGACUGACCCUCUGAGGAGAAACAUAAUAAAAUAUCAAUGAUUCAGAAUGUCUGGCAUCUUUUACUGAAACAUGGGUAGUUCAUGACACCUCAUGGAUGUUUGAAAUGGAAGUGGAGGAAAGCACAGAAAACGGCCCAAACUGCUGUAACCAGGUUUAUGUGUGAAAUAUAUAUACAAAAAUUUAAGUUGUCCAUAUGGUGGUUAUUGCAGUCUGCUAUUGUUAUGCUAGUUCUAU